GCUUAGCUUAACCAUGAGUCCAUGACCCACAUCACAUCCUAGUUUUCUCCUCUAGCUUUCUAUUAUUGGCCUGUUUCUCUAUUAAGAUAGCAUGAGUGAAGAGGCAGCUGAACACACACUAAACCAGAGCUCCAUUGUAUAUGAUAUUGUGGUGACCCGACCCUCUCUCUCUUUAUCUCGUCGUCUAGAGCUUCUAGGUUGAGGGUUGGUGUGUGCUUUAGGUCCUGAAUGGAUGCAAUGGGAAAAACCAGAUCGGUUCUAACAUUGACAGGAAGAUUGAUUAACGAGGCUGUGAGUUUCUUUGUUUUCUCCUUUCUGGACCUCGUCGAUUUCGUCCUGUGUUUUCUCUACAAACUUGCGGACCUUUUCUUUGAAGCCGAAUGGAAGCCUUGCUACUGUUCAUCUUCCAAAGAGGUCAUUACGAACUGCGGCAAGAUCUUGGUCUCUGAGCAAGGCGAGUCGAAAAUCGUCUGCCUUAGCUCGACGAAGCUACAGCUUGAGGAGAUCUCAGACACACUCUACACGCGCCCUUCUCUCUUAUCCGAGGUCUCCAAGAUGACUACGAGGGAAACCAAGAGAGGUUCGGCCGUUCGAUCCACGUUCACCGCCAACUCCACCAUCGUCGAAAUGCUUCAGGGAAAGAUUGGAGGCCAAAUAUGUCACCCUAUCCCCAGGUGGUCGGAUUGUGACUGUAAAUUUUGUACUUCUUGGACCUCUUCUUGCAAAGAAACCCUGUACGUUAGAGCUGAAGGACCCAGAGAUCAUGAUGCACGAGAAGAUGUGCUAUUCAUUCAUGGGUUCAUUUCGUCGUCGGCAUUCUGGACGGAGACGGUGUUCCCAAACUUGUCGAGGGCAGCAAAAUCAAAUUUUAGGUUUUUUGCUAUUGAUCUUUUGGGGUUUGGAAGAAGUCCAAAGCCAGCCGACUCCAUGUACACCCUCAGAGAACACUUGGAUAUGAUUGAGCAGUCCGUGCUUGAACCUCACAAAGUUAAAUCCUUCCACAUUGUCGCUCAUUCGUUAGGCUGCAUUUUGGCUCUCGCCCUUGCCGUUAAGCAUCCCAACUCCAUUAAAUCCCUCACCUUACUCGCCCCGCCAUACUUCCCUGUACCAAAAGGGGCACAAGCAACACAACAUGUGAUGAGGAUGGUGGCACCGAGACGUGUUUGGCCGGUAAUUGCAUUCGGCGCGUCCAUUGCGUGUUGGUACGAGCACAUCUCACGGACGGUGUGCCUUCUCAUUUGCAAGAACCACCGUUUCGUGGAGUUUGUUGCCAAACUUGUGACCAGAAACAGGAUGAGAACUUUUCUGCUUGAAGGGUUCUUCUGCCACACGCACAACGCAGCGUGGCACACUCUGCACAACGUAAUAUGCGGCAGUGCGGGGAAGAUGGACGCCUACUUAGACACUGUGCGAGACCAUCUAAAUUGUGAUGUUAAUGUGUUCCAUGGCAUGGAUGAUGAGCUGAUCCCAGCUGAAUGCAGCUACAAUGUGCAAUGUAGGGUUCCUCGAGCUCGCGUUAAGGUGAUUGAACAGAAAGAUCACAUCACGAUUGUCGUUGGGAGACAAAAGGCUUUCACUAGAGAGCUGGAGGCGAUUUGGAACAAUUCCUCACGAACUGGUUAAGAAAAAUCAGAAUUGUUAUGAGAUAUCUUCUAUGAUAUAUUUCCGAUCAUGAGGCACUAUGUUUGUAUGUAUGUCAUACUUGUUUUUUCCAAGAUAAUAGAGAAGCUAGGGAUAAAAGCAGUGAGAAACUG